UACUUUUGUUUCGAGUCGAGUGUUACAACCCGCUCAACUGAUUCCUUUUAUUUAUUGUGUGAUAAUCCUGAUGGGCUCCCGCUCCAAGUUGUUCCUGGCGAAACACGUUGGAGGCAACGUUACAAAGUUGCAGAUUUAUUCACAAAAGUUUAGUUAGUUCGCAUGCUAACGUUAGCUUGAAUUUGAGGCAGCUACUGCUGUUAGUUAACGUUAGCUAGCUAACGUUUUUCUUUGUUUUCAAAAAUACAGCGGUUUGUAUUAGAUGAUAGCUCUCUAGCUAGCUAACCAAAACAGAACUUGUGUGACAUGGAAUCAUUUCAGAAAGUAGAAAAGAUUGGAGAAGGGACGUACGGAGUGGUGUAUAAGGCAAAGAACAAAGUCACUGGAGAGACCGUUGCCCUCAAGAAAAUCAGACUAGACACGGAAACAGAGGGAGUACCAAGCACUGCCAUCCGAGAGAUAUCACUCCUCAAAGAGCUCAGCCACCCAAAUAUUGUUGAGCUCCGUGAUGUCAUCCACACAGAGAACAAACUGUACCUGGUUUUUGAGUUCCUACAUCAGGACCUCAAGAAGUUCAUGGACUCCUCCUCAGUCUCUGGUAUCGCUUUGCCACUAGUUAAGAGUUACCUGUUCCAGCUGCUACAGGGCCUGGCCUUCUGUCACUCCCACAGGGUUCUCCAUCGGGACCUGAAGCCCCAGAACCUGCUCAUCAAUGCCCAGGGGGAGAUCAAGCUUGCUGACUUCGGCCUGGCUAGGGCUUUCGGGGUGCCUGUCCGCACCUACACUCAUGAGGUGGUAACUCUAUGGUACCGAGCUCCAGAAAUUCUCUUGGGCUGCAAAUACUACUCUACAGCUGUUGACAUCUGGAGUUUGGGGUGCAUCUUUGCUGAAAUGAUCACUAGGAGGGCCUUGUUUCCAGGUGACUCCGAGAUCGAUCAGCUGUUCCGAAUCUUCCGUACCCUGGGUACUCCGGAUGAGGUGGCCUGGCCAGGGGUCACCUCCAUGCCCGACUACAAGCCCUCCUUCCCAAAGUGGGCCCGGCAGGAGCUGUCCAAAGUGGUGCCCCCUCUGGAUGAUGACGGGAGAGAGCUUCUUGGGCAAAUGCUGGCCUAUGACCCAAACAAGAGGAUAUCUGCUAAAAAUGCCCUCGUCCAUCGGUUCUUCCGUGACGUCACCAUGCCAAUGCCACACCUACGACUGUGAGACAUGCAGACUGACAGGGACAAUACAUAGCGCAGGGUCUUUCCAUGAGACCUCUGAGCAUAAGGACUGCCCCAGCUCUUAUCCACACCUGAAUAGUACAGUCCAGAAGAUGGGAGAGAUCACAGGGAAAUAUGGGUGCCAUUCCAAAUAUCAUUCCAGCAGCUAAAACCAGCGUUUUAUAAAUUAGAUGUCCUGUGAGUUUUUUUUCUUUUCUUCUACAGCUAUGAGUGCUUGUUAUGUAGUGGAGAAUGGAUUGGAAAACUCCACAAUUGUUUCAGCGUUCAAUUUGUAUUGAAUGGGUUCUGUUUAGAUUUUAUCAAACUUGUUAUGCCAAUUUUAUAAAUGUUUAAUGAUUAUACAUAAAGAUAAACUUGUUCCAAUUCUUCUAUUGUCUUUUCAAUUCAUGCAAUUUUGUAUAUUUACAGGUACUAUAUGUGGUUAACAUUCACAAUCCUGUGCCAACUUUUGGCAAGCUCUGCAAUUGACUUAGGUUAACAUUGUGUGACAAUAUGAAACAUAUGGUCUGUUAUUUUGAAGAUUUUUCAUCAAUGCUUGACAUAGGAAGUUCUAUAGUAUAGCCACAAACAAAAGGAGGGUUAGUUACAAGUAAAUUGUCUUUGAACAAUCGCAACAUGUAGUGUUGAUCCCAUGUCUUGAGCUGAAAUAAAUACAAAAAAUCCCA